AUGACGACGCCUCGAUACAACCUCGCCAUCGUGCUCUACCAGGGCGGCGACCUGCUCGACUACACAGGACCGCUCGAAGUCUUCAAUUCGGUCUAUACCCGCCCCUCCGUCGACGCGCCCGCGGUCUUCCACACCACCACCUUCGCGCGCACGUCGCCCAUCAAGGCAGCAGCGACCGGCACGAUGACUGUCAUUCCCGACUCUACCCUUUCCGACCUCAAAGGACGCCUGGAGGAGUUCGACGUCCUCGUCAUCCCUGGUGCGGGGCCGAAGAUCAUCAAAGAUCUCAUCGCGAGCGAGGAGGGGAGGGAGAUAAUGGACUUGAUCAAGCACUUCCUGACCUUGAAGCCGCGCGACGCGCAUAGGGUCCUCCUGUCCGUCUGCACCGGCGCCUUGAUUCUGGGCGCUGCGGGCGUCUUGCGCGGCAAGCAGGCGACGACUCACCAUAUGUUCUACGACAUGCUGUCAGAGGUAUCUGCGAAGGCAGGCGGGGAAGUCGAGGUGCUGAAGGGGAAGAGGUGGGUCGAUGCUGGGCGGAACGAGGCUGGUGUCAACAUCGUGACGACGGGUGGCGUAAGUUCGGGGUUGGAUGGGAGUCUGUACAUUGUCCAGGAGCUGGCGGGGAAGGAAGCGUCGGACUUUGCGGGAGAAAUCGUGGAGUUCGAGAGGAGGCAGGGGGAAGAACCGUGA